AUGUCUUCAAUGGAUAAAACCAAAAAAGAAUCAAUUUAUCUACAGUCUAUGCUAGUUGAUCAAUUAAAGGAGGAAAUCCAAGUGUAUGUCGAGAAAAUGUCAGCUAGAUUCCUAUCUGUCUUUAGGAAUACGGUAGAUCUGGAAUUCGAACAUUGGGAUGCAUUUAGAGAAGCGUUCCUCACCGUCUUUGCAUCCGAUUCCACUGACCUUGCCGUGAUGAACCGUGUUCUCACACAAUUCCGUUAUGAUACCAAGUGGACGGUCUCGUCAUUUACAAAUGCUUUCACCAUCAUUGCUGGUCGUGUUUACGAAAAUAAUGACAAUCGAAGUUUUGUACUGGCACCAUCUAUAAGGAAUUACAAGAAAGAACCAUGGAUUUUGAAAACAAAUUACUACCAUCUCGUUGGUCGUGACAUUACAGUUUUCACGGAUCACAAAAAUAUACCAUUUAUCAACGAGAAUAUGAAGAUCGGCAUCAAUCAAAGGUUAAAUCGUUGGAUGGAGGUCAUCCGUGGAUUCCAACCCAAGUUACUCCAUAUCAAAGGUACUGACAAUGUCAUCGCUGACGGUUUGUCUCGCAACACCUUUACUACACAAAUUGUUUCACCAACACUAGAAGAUAAUUUAUUGAAAGAAAUGAUUAAUGGUUAUGAAGAAGAAAAUAUUGCAAUCCGUAACAAGACACUUGCUCCUUGUAGUGCAACUUACAUUGUAGAUCAAUUUGGUUUACGCAGACAUCUUGGUAAAAUUGUGGUACCAAGGAUAGCACCUAUCAUUAAUCAAGUAUUGUAUAGAUAUCAUGACUCGGUAUGGGCUGGUCACAGUAGCCCAAAGAAGACAUUGGACGCCAUCAAAUCAAAGUUCUUUUGGAUGGGUAUGCGUGAAGAGAUUUUAGACCAUUGCAAUCAGUGUAUCGUUUGCAAAAGAGGUAGUGAUCAUCGUGAUAAACGUAUCGGUUUGUUACAACCAUUACAACCACCUAAUUAUUGCUUUCAACGUGUUCAUAUAGACGUUAUUACUGGUUUACCUAAUGCUAAAUAUCAUGGUAAAACAGUAAAUGCUUUAGUCAAUGUACAACAUCAGAGUAAUGGACAAGUAGAGCGUAUGAUAAGAACUAUAGAAAAUAUCAUUAGAAAAGAUUUAUUACAAAGUAGUGCAGAGAAUCACAAAAUAUCAUGGGCAGAGUGCAUUGAUAAUAUCGAAUUUGCUAUCAACAAUACAGUACAUUCAACAACUGUUUAUUCUCCUUUUACUAUUUAUCUCGGAUCAAAUCCUUUAUCUCCUCUUAAUCUACUAGACACUUUUACACCAAACUUCAAUGAUAACACAGACAUCAAAAUAACAGAGAAUCAUAAAUUGAAAGAGAUAAUAAGAGACAUAGUUAUAAAGAGAAUUAACGAAGGCAACGCAAUCAACAAAGCAAAAUAUGAUCACAACAAGGUAGAGAAUAAUAUUAAAUCGGGUGAUUUGGUUUAUGUGCGUCGUGACAGAGAUACACACAUAAAUAAGACAGAACCUAUCUAUUCUGGUCCUUUGUUGGUAAAUGGAGUGGACACUCGUGGAAAUGUCGAAGUUAAAGAUUAUGUGGCUGGAGCAGAUGGUUCGGCGUCAAAGGACUUAUUGGUUAAUCCUAGAUUUAUCAAAACGUUGAAACCAUUAUUGGCUACAAGCAAUCCCGUUCAUACGGAAGGUGCUAAGAAUGCACAAGGAAAUCCCGUUCAUACGGAAGGUGCUGAGAAUGCACAAGGUUAUCCCGUUCAUACGGAAGGUGCGGAGAACGUACAAGGUUAUCCCGUUCAUACGGAAGGAGCUCAAGGUGCACGUGACAAUUUGGAUGGACGAGUCGGUGACGAUCGAACUCUGUAUCAAGAUUUAAACAAGAUUCAAUCGACAUUGCAAGGACAAGGUGUAACCGGUGGAGACCAAGGAAUAGUGAGCCAGGCGCCAGGCGACAUCUAUGACGACGUCCCAAAUACGGCUGACUGGACCAAGCAAAGAGUUGUGUUGAAUGAUACUCUUAAAAAGGUAGAAGAGAGUAUAGGUAAAGGUAAGAGUAAAUUACAGGAUAAAGAUAAUAAUCGAAUUAUAGAAAAAGAAGAUAUCGUCAUCACCAAUUACAAUAUUUCAAAGAUAAAUUAUGACGAUACCAAAAUCAACUUUAAAGAAUUAUUACAUCAAUACAGACAACAACUAUCCUCCCCAACUACAACUAAAUAUUUCAAUAUGAAAGAAAUGAACUCAAUUAGAAUCAUACAAUCAUUACAACAAAACAACAAUGAUUCCCCAACAAAAGAUAUAGUCAAUAGUAUUGGAGUAAUCACAAGCAGAGCAUGGUUGAAACCUCUGUUUAUCGUCAAGUCAAAGAGAACAUUCAAGUAUCAAGGAAAUGGACGUAGUAGAACGGAAUAUCUCAUUAACAUCAACGAUUGUGAAGUAUGGAUGCCAAACGAUCUAGUCAAUCAACAACACGUCCGGGCCGUAUCAAAGACUCAACAAGUAUCCCUAGCCAUUGUAUCCACCGAAUUAAAAUUUAAUGUUAGAGUUGUUGGUAUUGGAUCAAGAUCAGCUUUAUUGGAAUUGGUUGAUGUUUGUAAUAGAUCCAAUGUUCAACUCCAACCCAACACAUUUUACAUGGUCAAAGUAUUUGGUAUCAAUGGAUAUAAAACAUUAUAUUCAUCCUAUUUCAAUUUUACACCCAAUAAUGUCAACAUCACCGGCCUAAAAGCAUAUCAAUAUGAUAAUUCUCAAUUUGUCAUUGAAUAUGCUUCACGACAAAACAACAACAGUCAAACAUUCUACACUGUCCUUGUCAAUGAUACAAUCUAUUGUCAACAAGAUACAACUCCAAAACCAUGUUUUGUUGUUACAUCACUUCCAGAUUCAAUUGAUCAACAAACAAUUACAUUGAAUACUACUAUUUUAAAAGUUUUGAAACCACAACAAACUUUGGCAAUCACCUCUUCUUCUUCUUCUUCUUCUUUAUCUUGUACCAUUACAUUUAUAAUUGCUUUAAUUAUCAUAGUUUUAUUGUUUUAA